AUGUUGUUGAUUAUCAAACGGUCAAAGCACUCCUCGGACCCGUCGGGGUCGGAUACCAGAGUGCUGUUUUCCGAGAGCCUGGUGUUCCCUAUGUACUUCGGCGUAGGUGGCAACUGUGUCUUUCUCGACACCGCGGCCCAAGAUAGUUUGAAGGUUCUUUCUACUGUCGAACAGCACAAGAAGCUCGCCGAGAGAUAUUGGACAGAGCACAAUGAUUCGCGGGCUCUACCUAGCGUUAGCCAACAGAUCAGGAGGAAGCAAAUUGUUCGCCCCGUUUCUUCGCCCCCAGACAGCGACGUCGAUAACGUGGAACAUAACUAUCACGAUAAUAGCGACGAUGAGGACUAA